GCCGGCUGCGGGGCUAUGGCGGCCUCGGGCUCGGGCUCGGGCUCGGGCUCGGGCUCGGGCUCGGGCUCGGGCUCGGGCGUGGCGCGGCGGGUGGAGGAGCUCGGCGACCAGGCGCAGGCCCGCGUCCAGCAGCUGAGCGAGGCGGCGGGCGACGACGAUCACUUUCUAAUCCGGGCUUCUGCAGCUCUGGAGAAGUUGAAACUUCUCUGUGGCGAUGACAAAGCCAGUUCGAACCCAUCCGGCCUCCUGGAACUGUACACGCAGGCCAUUUUGGACAUGACAUACUUUGAGGAAAACAAGCUAGUCGACGAAGACUUUCCUGAAGGCUCUUCGCAGAAAGUAAAAGAGCUGAUCAGUUUUCUUUCAGAACCAGAAACACUAGUCACGGAAAACAGUCUGCUGCCCAGCCACUGCGACUCGCUUGGGGGCGAGCUCCUGGAGUGUCUGUCUUGGAGGCGAGGAGCCCUCCUCUACAUGUACUGUCAUUCUCUGACCAAGAGGAGGGAGUGUCUCGCAAGGAAGUCCGGUCUGCUUAAAAAGUACCUUGUUGAUGGAAUCAGUUACUUACUACGGAUGUUAAAUUUUCGUUGUCCCGUCCAGUUAAAUGAAGGAGUGUCUUUCCAAGACCUGGACACAGCGAAGUUACUGAGUGAAGGAGUGUUCAGUGACAUCCAUUUGCUGGCGAUGAUGUACAGCGGGGAGAUGUGUUACUGGGGGCUGAAGCACUGCGCGGACACCGAGCAGGAGUCAGAAAGUAAGCGAGAGGGCCCUGCUGUUCCCGCUGGCCCCGGAGCAAGCCACGCCGCACACGAGCAGCCUUUGGAUUUCCGAGAAGUGGGCGAGAGCAUCUUGGCAAAAUAUGUGUUUGUGUGUGAAGGACCGCUCAAAGAGCAGGAGUGGGACACAGCAAACGCAAAGCAGAUUUUAAAUUUCUUUCAGCAGUACACCGACCAGUAAGUUCACCUGGUCUUUUUCAAACUGAAAAACAAAAAAGACCACGGAACGGGGAAGUUACAGAAAAGAGGACGUGUUGACACUGAAUUUAGGGAUGCCACACUACAUAAAGAUGCCCGGCAUGGAUAUCCUUUCGUACAUGCCACCGUCACCUUUCAUUAGGUGUUCUCACACCUGUGAAGGAGUGAUUUGUUUUUGUUUUUUUUUAAUUACAAAAAUGUCAUGAAUAUUAUUCUAACUCAGAACCACAGAUAGCCUAUAACUAGCAACACAGAGGAAGCCAGUUUCAUUUACAAACUCGUCUCAUUUAGAUCAUUACUACUUUGACCACGGUGAAGUACAUGAACAUGAACUUGACCUUUUUUAACUAUCUUUAGAUUCAUUUUUGAGCUCAAGGCUUGUUACGUUUCAGAGAUAAGAAUCAUGUCGUGCUUUUAUCUAUGCUACGGAACUAAAGAUCGCCGUGAGCCAUUAUAACGCACAUUCGUGACGGAAGACUGCCAGAGAACUGAUACUGAAUCACUUUGCCAUGUGCCACUGAUGGCAUUUACAAUUUUUAUUCUAUUUGACAUUUUAUAAACCUUUUUAAAUGGUU